UCCCCUUGCUUGGAGCCCCUGGUCAUGUCUUGCCUGCGGCACCGCUCGAUACAUGGUGUCAGAAGUGGGGUCAACGCCGACGUCCAGUCUUGGUGAACCGAAGAUUAUACUACAAGACCAGCCCCAUGGACUUCCUGAAGCCACCAGGCCCGCUGAGCUCGGCUGGUGAAAUUGCCAAGAACUGGCAGGCAUUCAAGCAAAGGUUCGAAUUUUUCCUCGCCGCGUCAGAACAGCCAACCGGCAAGACUCGAACGGAAUCAUGCAAGACAGCACUUCUGCUGAGCGUUGCAGGCGAGGAAGCCAUCGAGAUCUUCAACACGUUCAGCUUUGGCGAAGACGAGAGCAGGAAUGACUACGCCACUGUCAUUGCGAAGUUCGAUGCAUAUUGUGCGGCUCAGCAGAACGAAGUCCAUGAGCGCUACGUUUUCCGUACGCGAGUCCAGGCUCCUGGUGAGCUUUUCGAACCUUUCUUGCGAGACUUAAAGAACCAGGCACGAGCAUGUAACUUUGGCUCCCAAAUGGACGCAAUGAUUAGGGACCAAAUUGUUUAUGGAACUAACGACGAGAAACUUAGAGAAAGGUUGCUACGGGACACUACGCUGAAUUUAGUGAAGGCUGAGCAGGCUGCUAAAGCAGCUGAAGCGACGGCAGCGCAACAAAAAGUUUGGGCACGAGACGAAAGCCACAUUGACGCGAUCCGUAAGGAACAACCAAGUAAACAAAGUGAGUUGCCCAGGCAUUACAAGUGUCCUAAGUGCGCACGUAUGCACCCGCCACGAAGGUGUCCUGCAUUCGGGAAAACAUGUCGCAAAUGUCAACGCCCCAACCAUUUCGAUAUCUGCUGCAGACGAUUUGCCGAUAUAGGCGAACUUCAGGGCGGUGAAGAUAACUUUGACAUUCUGGACGUGUCAAGCUGCGCACCAAAGCAACACGACUGGACAGUUGUCGGCCAAAUCAAGAACGUACCACUUGAAUUCAAGGUCGACACAGGAGCGCAAGCAAAUCUACUACUUUUCGGUUGCUACCGUAAAAUUCGCCCGAAACCGCCCCUGAAACCAAGCAGCGCGGUGUUACGUUCGUAUGGCGGAGGGGUUAUCAAGCAUGAUGGCGUCAUUUGUGCAGAAUUAGCACUAGGUGACCGUUGCGCCGUCCUCGACUUCUUCGUGGUGUCCAAGGGGCAUCAGGCCAUCCUGGGCUUACAGGCUAGCGAAAAUCUUGGACUUGUGUCACGCAUACACGCAGUAUCUCGAAACAGUUCCGAGGAAGUCGCAAGAAACUUUCGCCACUUGUUCACAGGAACCGGGUGCGUUGAAAGGGUCUAUCGAAUGGUUCUACGUGACGACGCCACGCCAAUCGUCCAAGCAGCCCGACGAGUGCCGCUGGCCCUACAGGAACCCUUGCGAGAAGAACUGGGACGUAUGGAGCGCGCGGGCAUCAUAACCAAAGUCACCGAGCCCACAGACUGGAUCUACUCCAAUGGAAUCCGGACCAUCACCUGGCGAAGUACUUCAAGGAAGACGACUACGGACAACGUUGCCCGACGUCCGGCCCUGCCCAGGUCGCAGCGUACAGAAGCAUCGUCAGACCGACCGUUGCAGCCGACGACUACCACCACUCAACCCCCGAGACACGUCUUCAAUAUCUGA